AUGGCAUAUUGGGUGUUGUGGCCGCUACCGUUGUUAAUAGCAAGUUUAGUAACGCUACAACCCAUCGGUGCUAUUGUAAAAAGUGAAUCCGAUCGUGGUCGAUCGAAGCUGACGUUUCCAUUCGCCGUAUCGCUGCAGCUAGCUGAUGAGAAAAGGACACAUUUCUGUGGCGGCACGCACCUGGGAGAAGGUUGGAUAUUAACCGCGGCACACUGCAUUAUUUCGCUAAAAAAGGGCAAUCUUACACGAAUCUUUGCACAGAUAGGUGGCCACGAUCUGAACGACAUUACCGCCGAACGUUUCACAAUCGUCGAGACACACAUUCUGCGCAGCUACAAUCCGGUAACGAUGGUGGGCGAUAUUGCGGUGCUGCGUGCGGAUUUACCCAUCGUCCGUCAUCUUCAAUCCGAUCCGCAGGCUCCUUUACGCCUGCCGGAUGAGAGCUACCGCAGCGCCGUUAACGGUGAGCAGUGUUACAUCUUCGGCUAUGGGUCCGAUUCGUACGAUGGGCCGAUCAGCACAUCGCUCCACUAUGGCACAGUGUUGGCACUCGAUCUGGACAGUUGCAUUGGAAUGAUGGGUGCCGUCGUGGCCCCGCCACCCGACUCUGGAAUGUUUUGUGCCAUCGGACGGUCCGAUGCGUGCAAGGGUGAUUCCGGUGGAGGAUAUGUGUGCCGGCAACGAUUUUCCAGCCAGUUUGUGUUGCGUGGCAUCAUCUCGUACGGUGUGGGUUGCGGUGCACCGGGUACGCCUGGCGUUUACACGGACGUCGGUUACUAUUUGCAGCAUUAUCCGAUCGGUACCAUCAUUGGUUUGGCUUAA